AUGAGUCUCAACAAAGUCGCCCACCUGAUCCUCGCGGGGACGUCACUGCUCUUGGUGGCGGGCGAGCCAUGCACAAACCCCGGCCAGAGACAUGCUUGGCACACCCUCAACAAUGCCGACAAAAAAGCCUACAUCGACGCAGAGCUCUGCCUGAUGGCCAAGCCCGCCUCCCUGGGCCUCCCCGGCACAAGGACAAAGUUUGAUGAGCUGCAAGCCAUCCACCAGCUGCAGGCGUAUUCGACGCACCAUGUCGGCGCAUUCCUCCCCUUCCACCGCCUCAUGAUGCACGCGCACGAGACGGCCCUCCGCGACGACUGCGGCUACACGGGCCGCCAGCCCUACUGGCAAGAGCAGCUCGACGCGGGGCGGUUCAGCGGGUCGGUGGUGUUUGACGCGGCGACGGGGUUCGGGGGCGACGGGUCCGGGCGGGACGGCUGCAUCACCGACGGGCCGUUUGCCAACUACACCAACAGCCUGGGGCCGGGGUACGCGGUGACGGACCACUGCAUCGACCGGGCCAUCGGCGACUCGGUGUCGACGCUCUCGUCGCAGGACAACGUCGACGGGUGCGUGGGCCAGACCACCUGGGAGCGGGCCUGGGCGUGCAUCGAGUCGCUGCCGCACGUGGGUGGCCACGCGGGCGUCGGGAGGCAAAUGGCAAACGGCGUCAGCAGCCCCGGCGAUCCGCUGUUUUAUCUCCACCACACGUGGCUGGACAAGAUCUACUGGGACUGGCAGGCCAGGGACAGGGCCGUGCGGACCACCACCAUCAGCGGCGGUAAUGUCAUGCCCGAUGAUAUGCCUGGGUUCCCGCCCAGGCCGAGCAACAUCCCUCAACCUACUGGUGCACCUGGUGACCCUGGUACCGAGACCACCUUGGGCCACGUUCUCAACAUGUACGGGAACCUGCCCAACAAGACAAUCAGCGAUGUACUAGACAUUCAAGGGGACUACUUGUGCUACGAAUAUGUCGAGCCUUGA